AUGCCCCCCAUCUCGCGCCUCUCCGCGAUCCCCACCGACGACGGCGUGCUCGGCCCGAUCACCGGCGUGCUUGAGUCGCCACUGCUCGACCUGAUGACGGCGGUGGGGCAGACGGGCGUCGCCGACGUCGAUGUGCACGCCCACAUGGCUCUAGAGAAGGCGGAGGAGCUACAGACCAGCGGCCAGUUGGGCGGGCUGACCGUCAACGAGGCGGCGGCGCUCGCUCUCUACACGGCGGAGAGCGAGUUCUAUCGCACGCUCAACCACCUGCUGCGCCAGCGCGAUCGGACGGCGCUCAAGCCCUUCUUCCCCUACCUGCGACUCGUGCUACAGGCGCGCGGCAAGCUGGCCAAGUAUACGCGACCGGUUUGGCGCGGAGUGAAGCGUAUCGACCUGACUGGCCAAUUCCCAAAGGGCAAGAAGCUCUUCUGGUGGGCUUUCACCUCCACGAGCAAGAACGUGUCGACGCUGCUCAACCCGAUGUUCUGUGGCGCGAGCGGCACGCGCACGCAGUUCAUGAUUGAGGCCUCUAGCGGUGUCGAUAUUGAGCUCUUCUCAAUGGUCGACUCGGAGGCGGAGGUGCUGCUAUUCCCGGGUACCAAGUUCGAGGUCGUCGACACUGCCGACAUGGGUCACGGGUUGUAUCAAGUGCACAUGCGCGAGCUCGCUGUGCCUGUGCAGCUCUUCAAGUAACAUAUGAAAACAUGUACAUUUGCAUUUUUGCAUGUGCAUGUUAAGUGUGUUCAAAGUAAAAAAUCCCGCCAUCU